CUGCUCUUCUUGAUGUGGUCAAAGUUCGACAGCUUUUCACGAUGUCCAGUCUAUGCGUGAAGGCGGUGAGGGUUCGCGAUGUGAAAUCCUAACCAUCACAAUCCGGCGCGCGUUUUUUCAUUUUAUGUCCUUAUUUCAAUAAUUUGGCCUUCAAAAUUCAAGGAUUCUGGCAUUUUUAUUUACAUAUACGGUUUGUUCGUUAGAAAAUGAAACGGCUGAAUAACGAAACUAAGUUUGAUAACUGAAUACUAUAUUGCUUCAUAAUUUGAAUAAAUAAAACCUGUUAUUUAUUUACGAUGUUGUUGUGUUAAGAUUUAAAACUUUUCAAGGUUUUUCCGAAAUUACUUAUAAAUUAUACAGAUCCUUUAAAAAUAAUGUUCAAGGUAUACUGAUAAAUAAAAUGAUUGAUUCUAAUAAAGAACGUUCUCAGCAUAUUCCGGAUUUGGAUUUUAUAAACGUGAGUCUAAGUUCACAUGACGAAGUAAAUGAAUAUAAUGGAAUUGUUCCAGGAACUAACACCACGAGAAUAGCUAAAAAACCAGGAAAUGUGAACACACCAGAGGGCAAUAUGUCACAGGUUCCUCUUCUUCAAGAGCAAAAAUUCUUCUCAAGCAGAGGGACCAAGGAAAAUGUGAACAUCACAUGGAGAGUAUGCAAACGGUAUAAAAUAUCAAUAUGCAAACCUCUCAUACCAUUGAAGCUGGCUCUUCUAUUUUGGUUUGGAGCUGGAUCAGUUAUUGGGACGUUUCUUGCUGUCUAUUUUAAACAGCUGGGUCUUGCAUUAACAGAACUCUCAACCAUAUAUAUGAUAGCACCUAUUGCCCAAUUUCUAGGAACAACAUUGUCUGGUAUAGUAGCGGAUAAACUGGGCCGGUCCAAGCCGGUUCUGGUAGGCAAUCUCACGAUCGCUCUCCUCGUUGUCGCUGGAAUGCUCAUGCUCCCAAGAUUGAAUCCCGAAAGCUGUAAUCCACAGCCAUUGAACCUCAAAUGCCAUUACCAGGAAUUCGAUCGUUUAAUAGCAAGAUCAAUCUGCGACAUCGAAAACGACAUUAUUGAAGCAACAUCUUGCAGCGUUCAUUGUCCCGAAAAUGUUACUCAGUACUGUAGUGGACAAAAUCUGAUUUGCGAAGUUUUGACGAGUAAUGAAGAAUUUGAAAAUUUUUCUUUAUCGAUUCACUUGAAUGGAACUUUCAAUAGGAAGCAAAAGUGUUUUUAUAAUGUUCAUGCUUUGACACACAAAAAUACAACUUACUCAUGGUGCAAUGUACCACAUAAAAUGUACUGCAAAAUAACAUGUACAUAUUUUUUAGAAGAAAAAUGUAAUCGGGAGGGAGGAUCCAGAGGAAAAUAUUUGAUUGCUCACAUGGUGUUGUUCAUCCUCUAUCUCACUACAGUCACUACCUGUUACCGUAUAUUCGAUGUUACAGUAAUGUCCUUGGUUAAGGAAUACAAGUCUGAUUACGGCCGUGAGCGAUUCUUCUCCAUUCUUGGCAUUUUAAUAUUCACCCCUCUUGCUGGCUAUAUUGUGGACGCGAGCACCGCUGUAGGUAGUGAAAAGAAUUAUGCAACUGCAUUCUAUUUCUUCAUCGGGAUGGGAAUUUUAACUUUAGCACUCAUUUACAAACUGAAGGUGCGGAUUAAUCCACCAGGCGAACAAAUGUGGAGAAAAACUUUAAAUCUACUCAAAAGUGUUGAUGUUAUAUCAUUUAUGUGCAUUCUUUUUGUUCUUGGUAGUACGUGGAACUUUACGAAGAACUUCGCGAACUGGUUCCUUGUAGAGCUUAACACACCAGGCGUCUUAUUCGGUUUGAUUCCAGCAGUGAGUGGUAUGUAUGGGCUUCCAUUUCUGAUGACUUCUGAAUGGUGGGUAAAGAAGAUAGGUUCCUCCAAUAUAUUCAUAUUAGCACUUUUAGCAUAUGUUUGCAACACAAUAGGAUAUUCAUUUCUAUAUAACCCUUGGUACUCUCUCCUGAUAGAAAUUACGUCAGUGUUUACCUAUCACUUGCUGUGGGUUGCUGUAAUUCUGCACAGUCAUGAAAUUGCACCCGAAGGACUAAAGGCGACUGUAAUUUCUACAGCUGGAGGUAUCCAUUUUACUAUAGGCAAAUGCUCAAGUAGUUUGGUUGCUGGUCUGAUAAUGGAUUCCUUCGGAGGAAGAAUAGCAUAUAGAGUCAUAGCCAUUGUGUGUUUGAUUUUUGCAGCAAUAUAUGGGAUUUAUCUCUACAUACGUCGAACUUGUUUUAGAGAAGAGCAUGACAUUAGAAGUCAAGACAUAGCUGAAAAUCUUGGAUACGAAGAGGAAACGAAAGAAAUCUAUUCCCUGUAAAAUAGGAUCUAAAUCAUGCAAAAAUAUACGCAUUUCGAAUUUUUAAAAGAAAUAUUUAUUGCUUAAAUAUUUUACUAUUUUAAUAAAGUAUGAAAUAAGAUCUUUUUGUAAAA